AUGAAGAUUUCUCUACUCUUUUCUGUUUCUGCGCUGCUUGGCGCCGUGAUAGCGAUUCCUGUCAAUGGCAGCAGACCGGAGGUGACCAUCGAUGACGUUCGCGGGAACAUCCCCGAAGAUGCGGUGCUCGGAUUCCUAGACCUCAGUGAUGUGGAGGGACUGGCGGUCAGGCCUAUUCAAACCGAGGAGCGUACCGGCCUGCUAUUUGUUAAUCGGCAGCUCGCAGAGAAGGGCACCGAAGCCGCUAGCUCACAGGGCAGUCCGAAACUCGAAAAGGACAUCGCAAGGGUGUACAAAAGGCUCAUGGAAUAUGGUCAUCGCAGAAUUUUCCCUGCGAUCGACCUAUGA